AUGAUCCCGCGGUCUUUCUUGCCGCUUGUUUUCGCUGCGGGCGCUUAUGCGGCCCAACCUUCAGCACCGUCGCCCAAAGCGGCUCCUCUCCGCGAGUUGCCUUGGGCCCAACUCAACUUCCUGCAUACGACUGACACACAUGGCUGGCACGGCGGACACCUGCAAGAGUCAUCGUAUUCGGCUGACUGGGGCGACUACAUCUCCUUCGCUAAGCACAUGCGCGCCCGUGCGGAUGCGGACGGAGUAGAUCUCCUGCUCAUCGACACGGGUGAUCGUGUCGAGGGGAACGGCCUCUACGACGCAUCCGAACCGAAGGGCAAAUACACCUUUGACAUCUUCAAGCACCAGCAUAUUGACGUCAUCUGCUCGGGCAAUCACGAACUGUACAAGCAGAACUCGUCUGAAAACGAGUUCUACUACACCGUCCCUAACUUUAACGGUAGCUACCUUGCAUCGAACUUGGAUAUCGUCAACCCUGAGUCUGGGGAACUUGAGCCGCUUGCCCCGCGGUUCAAAAAGUUCACCACCAAGAACCAAGGCAUCCGAGUCCUGUCCUUUGGCUUCCUCUUCAACUUCGCUGGGAACGCCAACAACACGGUGGUCAAGCCUGUCGAAGACACUGUCAAAGAGCAAUGGUUUCAGGAUGCCAUCCGUGACAAAGACGUCGAUCUCAUUCUCGUGAUCGGUCACGUGGCUCUCCGCACGCCGGAGUACAAGCAUAUCUUUAAAGCCAUCCGCUCCGUGCAGUGGGACGUCCCGAUCCAGUUCUUCGGUGGCCAUGCCCAUGUGCGAGACUUCAAAAGGUUUGAUGAUAGAUCAGUGGCCAUCGCAAGCGGGCGGUACAUGGAGACGGUCGGCUUUCUUUCCAUUGACGGGCUGAGCACUGGUAAAUCCAAGAGCAUUGCGCCCCAAAGGGCGGAACUCACUUUUGGGCGUCGGUAUAUCGACAACAACCUCUUCUCACUCUACCAUCAUAGCGGCAAGAACGAGAGCACUUUCUCAACCCCCGAAGGGAAGGACGUCACGAAGAUGAUUGCUAAAGCUCGAGAGGAGCUGAGGCUCGACAAGAAGCACGGCUGUGCUCCGCAGAAUCUCUGGGUCAACCGCGCUCCUUUCCCCGCCACGGACAGCAUUUUCACGUGGCUGCAGGAGCAUGUGCUCCCGGAGCAGAUGAGCAACACCUCCCGUGUUGCGGACAAUAAGAAGGCACUCGUCAUCACCAACACGGGAGCCAUGCGUUUUGACAUCUUCAAGGGGCCUUUCACGAAGGACAGCACCUUCCUCGUCUCGCCGUUUACCAGCGGGUUCCAUUAUAUCAAGGACGUACCCUACGCCGAAGCCCAGAAAGUCCUGCGGGUCUUGAAUAAGGAUGGCGUCCAAACCUUCUCUGAGGGUCCUUUGGACUCGGCAGUGCUUGCGCCGCCUGAGCAGCAGAGCGGUCGCUUAAGCGUUGCUUCCACACGGGGCUUGGGGUCGGAGUAUGUCGCCAAUGACCGGGUGCAAGCACCUCUCACUCAGGACCAGCCGUCCGAUCUCACCCCAGGCUACACUACAAUCGACGAUGCGGGUAGCGAGGGCGACGACACGGUGCACUCGGCGAUCCAGUUCUUUGAAGUCCCAAACUGCAUCCAAGCAGAACUGGGCUUCAGCUCGAAGGACGAGGAGCCGGAAGAGGUUGAUCUCGUCUUCAAUGAAUUCCUACAGCCUUGGAUCCUGGUUGCCUUAAGGUAUCUCGGGCAGGAGUACGAUGUCUCGGACGCGCAGCCGUACAUGGAAGGGAGGAGCUUCACGAGCAUCAUCACCGACUGGUCUGGUUUCCCUGCGGAGAAACCGCGGGCCGGUGGGCGUUCCUUCCUCUCGCGCAGCAGUGACGACGCUCCCUUAGUGGCCGGUGCACAUGACGUCACCGUGGGGCAGCCCGAGUUGAUAAAGGUAGAAGAGGGGUGGAAGGUUGCUUCCCUCAACAACCGCAUCCAGCAAGCCUCACAGUCUUCCCAAACCACUCGCGAACCCCCUAUCUCCGAGCAGAACCCUCUUACAGACCUCAAACUGUACGCGCAAUCCUUCACCAGCACCUUGUUCAGCACGCGAGGCUGUCCCAGUCAGGGGCCAAAUCCCCGUGUCCUCCAUCGCCUCCACACUAUCGUCUGCACUUACGACAGCCCGCUGAUGCAACUUCUGAAUAGCCUCAACACCCACUCAAUCACAAUGUCUGCCCCCAACGCCGGCCGCCAGUCGCCCGACCCCGAACACCAGACCGAUGCCCAGCAGAAGGGUCCGCAGGCCGCCCCUCACCUGGGCUCCGGCCCCGACGAGGGCUCGAAGCAGGCUUCCGAGCAGGACAAGUCGGCCCUGUCGUCCAACCCUACCCAUAUCCUCGAGAAGCACGCCGAGGAGACUACCAGCAAGAAAUAA